GCUGACGUGAACUGUUGGUAAACAAACGCAGCUGAUCCAAACAAAACAAAACAAAAAGACUCCGAAAUUUGCCGGCAGCUGAUUUCUGCAAAAGAAUUUUACAGAGCUCAAGCCUCACGCGUAUUGAAAUGUCAAACAUUUGUUCUGCAAAUACAAAAACAAAUGCAACAUGUGUACUAGAAUUUGACAGCCAAACGAUUUUUGACGACACUGCUGCGAGUUCGUCGGCUGUGUAUUUGGUCAAUUUUGGCUGGUUGAAGUUUGUGUGAGAGUGAGAUUUUAUUUAUUCGUGGAAAAUUUGUAUACAUAUAAGUUGGAUAAAAAGAUUUAGAAAAUUAUAUAAUGGCCUCUGAAAAUGUCUGCGAAACCUACAAAAUGUUUUUGAGUACCUAAAAGUGAUAUUUGUAAUCGCUAAUGAUAAAAAAUCAAUAGCUACAACUAUGUAUGUACAUGGUGCAAUGUGGAGAAUUAAAAGAAAAGUGCAAAUAGUUUUCCCUUUAAAAUUGUCGAAAUGACGACGUUAUAUGUUCAUACAUACAUUUAAAAAAGUGAUAGUUAACCAAAUCUAUCAAAAUAUUGACAAACCUGCGUGCACAAAACCCACUGCAUUUAUAUUAACAAAUUAAUCAACCAUACAUACAUACUUAUAAUGUACCAACAUUCAUCGCAGUGACGUCGCAUUUCGUUCAGCCUACCUUUCGCAUGCAAAUGCUAUUCACAAGUACAUUACAUAUGUAACUACACAGAAAAUUCUUAGAGCCUUGCAUAGUAUAGUAAAUCGCUUCAGCUUACCAAGGAUAACAUAAAAGCACAUUCGGUAGAUGCAUCAUGUCCUACACGGAACUGGAAUCAGGUUACCAGGACUUGCGACAAUCAUCGCAGCACGCACAGUCACAAAUGCAAUCCUUCACAAGCGAGCGCAGCAGCCGACCUGGAUUUUUUGUUGGCAGUGAUGGCAAUGGCGACGGUGAGAGCAAUGACGGCAUGGAUUCAGAUUGCAGCACUUGUUCGAACCCUGGAAAGCAAGUUGUUGUGGGCAUCUGCGCCAUGGCCAAAAAGACGCAAUCUAAACCAAUGAAGGAGAUAUUAACUCGCCUACAAGAAUUUGAAUUUAUCAAAAUGCUUAUAUUUUCCGAAGAUGUAAUUUUAAAGGAGCCGGUAGAGAAUUGGCCUCUCUGUGAUUGCCUGAUUUCGUUUCAUUCGAAAGGCUUUCCAUUAGAAAAGGCGAUUCAAUAUGCACAACUACGAAAACCGUAUGUGCUCAACAAUUUACACAUGCAAUACGAUAUACAAGAUCGUCGCCGUGUCUAUGCUAUACUGCAAAAGGAAGGCAUUGAAAUACCGCGUUAUGCUGUAUUGGAUCGCGACUCACCUGAUCCAAAACAACAUGAGCUGAUCGAAUCGGAAGACCACGUAGAAGUGAACGGCAUUAUUUUCAAUAAGCCAUUUGUGGAGAAACCUGUAUCGGCUGAGGACCACAACAUCUACAUUUACUAUCCUACGUCCGCCGGUGGCGGCAGUCAACGUUUAUUUAGAAAGAUCGGCAGCCGCAGUAGCGUUUAUUCACCCGAGUCGCGCGUGCGUAAAACUGGUUCUUUCAUUUAUGAAGAUUUCAUGCCCACUGAUGUAUACUUUUCAGGUACGGACGUUAAGGUGUACACAGUCGGUCCGGAUUAUGCACACGCCGAAGCUCGAAAGUCUCCUGCGUUGGACGGAAAAGUGGAGCGGGAUAGCGAAGGCAAAGAGAUUCGAUAUCCGGUAAUCUUAAACAAUGCAGAGAAGCUUAUUUCGCGCAAGGUUUGUUUGGCUUUUAAGCAGACUGUCUGCGGCUUUGAUUUACUGCGCGCAAAUGGUAAAUCCUACGUAUGCGACGUUAAUGGCUUCAGCUUCGUUAAGAACUCAAAUAAGUAUUACGAUGAUUGCGCUAAGAUACUGGGUAAUAUGAUAUUGCGUGAGCUCACGCCGACGUUGCAUAUACCGUGGCUUGUACCCUUCCAACUGGACGAUCCGCCCAUUGUGCCGACAACAUUUGGCAAAAUGAUGGAAUUGCGUUGUGUGGUUGCGGUAAUAAGACACGGCGAUCGUACGCCUAAACAAAAAAUGAAGCUUGAAGUGCGGCAUCCUAAAUUUUUCGAGAUAUUUGACAAAUAUGAUGGCUAUAAGGAUGGUCACGUUAAAUUGAAACGUCCAAAACAAUUGCAAGAGAUUUUAGACAUUGCGAGAUAUUUGCUAUCGGAAAUACAAAACAAGUCCGCGGACGCUGAAAUACAAGAAAAGGAAAGCAAACUGGAACAGCUGAAAAAUGUAUUGGAAAUGUACGGACACUUUUCUGGUAUAAAUCGCAAGGUGCAAAUGAAAUACCAACCAAAGGGUCGUCCCCGCGGGUCCAGUUCCGAUGACGUAGAUGCACCGAAGGAGCCGUCACUUGUUUUGAUCCUUAAAUGGGGCGGGGAGCUAACUCCUGCAGGUCGUAUUCAAGCUGAGGAAUUGGGUCGCAUAUUUCGUUGUAUGUACCCUGGUGGUCAGGGUCGGCAGGACUACUCUGGCACACAAGGAUUGGGCUUGUUGAGACUGCACUCCACUUUCCGGCAUGAUUUGAAAAUAUAUGCCUCUGACGAAGGCCGUGUCCAAAUGACAGCAGCCGCAUUUGCUAAAGGAUUGCUGGCUUUGGAGGGAGAGCUUACACCGAUUUUGGUCCAAAUGGUUAAGAGCGCUAACACAAAUGGGCUGCUGGAUAAUGAUUGUGACUCUAGUAAAUACCAAACCCUAGCAAAACAACGCCUACAUGAUUUGAUGCGUGUUGAUCGCGAUUUCACAGCCGAAGAUCGUGAGGCCAUAAAUCCUUGCAAUAGCAUAUCAAUAAAUCAAGCUUUGGACUUCGUCAAAAAUCCAGUAGAAUGUUGUAAUCACGUCCACAAAUUAAUCAAAGAGUUACUCACAAUUAUAAGCGUAAAGAAAGAAGAUCCCAAAACUAAAGACGCCAUACUAUACCACGGUGAAACUUGGGACUUGAUGGCACGUCGUUGGGAGAAAAUUGAAAAAGACUUUAGCACAAAAUCAAAACAAUAUGACAUUUCUAAAGUUCCAGACAUAUACGAUUGCAUCAAGUACGAUCUGCAGCAUAAUCAGCAUACGCUGCAAUACGAUCAGGCCGAAGAGUUAUACAUUUACGCUAAAUAUCUGGCUGAUAUCGUAAUACCACAGGAGUACGGUUCAACUGUGCAAGAAAAAUUGGCCAUCGGCCAGGGUAUCUGCACGCCACUGCUCAAAAAGAUCAAAGCCGAUUUGCAGCGAAACAUCGAGGAAGUAGGCGAUGAGUCGGUAAAUAGGCUGAAUCCGCAUUACAGUCAUGGUGUGGCCAGUCCAGGCCGCCAUGUACGCACGCGUUUAUAUUUCACCAGCGAAAGUCAUGUGCAUUCAUUGCUGACUGUUUUGCGCUAUGGCGGCCUGCUAAAUGUGCUUAACGACGAGCAAUGGCGGCGUGCUAUGGAUUAUAUUUCGAUGGUAUCUGAACUGAAUUACAUGUCACAAGUCGUAAUAAUGUUGUACGAAGAUCCGACCAAGGAUCCCACAUCGGAAGAACGCUUCCAUGUAGAGUUACACUUUAGCCCUGGUGUUAAUUGUUGUGUACAGAAGAAUUUACCACCUGGUCCAGGCUUUCGUCCACACUCACGGAAUGAUUCUGGCAAUCCUAAGCAAAUGGGUUCCGUGAGUGGAAUUUUGAAAAACAAUUCUGCCGGUGACGAGGCGAAUCCCGCACGCAUAGAGGAAGAGAAUGACUCAGAGGAUAGUCCUAUAAGGAGCCAAUCAGAUGGCUACGAAAAGGAUUCACCGCCACGCAACAAUCACAUAAAAUCGAAACCAAUACCAAUUGGGGCGCAUCACACCGUGAGUGGUCACGAGGCCGCGCACUUGGCUAAGCGCUUAAACGAAGAGCUAGCGUCACAACAACAAACCGUACAGCAGAUCGGCUCAUUGGAAUCGCAACGCCCCAUCAGUCCCGAUACAGAGCCACGAUCCCGCAGCUACGAACAACGCGAUCCAAAGCGCGCUAAAGAUGGUAAUGCGACGCCAGUGUCAUCCUCAUCGUCGGUAUCGUCUCGACGUCAAAGACACAGUAUUGCCGGCCAGAUGUCAUAUAUGAAAAUGUUGGGAUUCGGUGGUUUUAGCAAAAAGAUGGCCACCAGCUCAAGUAGUUUAUUUAGCACGGCAGUUAUAAGCGGCAGUUCAUCGGCUCCCAAUCUAAGGGAUAUGAUACCGUGUGCGGUUUCAUCAUCAGUGCUUGAAGGUUUCGGCGGUGUACCACCAAUUCGACCAUUGGAGACGCUACACAAUGCACUUUCGCUAAAGCAGCUUGAUCAAUUUCUACAUAAAAUGACUACUUCGCCACUAUUCAAGACGCCAGCAUCAUCGCCGCCAAAACAUCCAUCAACACCCCAACAGAACAUAGUACAAGGUGCAUUGCAGUCAAUGUACUCGUUGGAUGCGAUUACAAGUUUUAUGUCCGGUGAAAGUGACAGCGAGUGUCAUUGCCAGGAAAUGGCGGACGGACAAGGGCAACCGAUCCUAGAGUCAACUUUGAGAAACGCAGUGUGUUUGCAUCAACCACCACCAUCAGCCGCAGCAUUGAUAAAUGCCCCACAGGAGACGGUGGCAUCAGCAGCUCCAAGCAAUGCAAAUGCGCCACAAUCAGCUCAACCAAAUGUGGGAACAGAGGAGCUUGCCAGAUUUUUUCCACAACUCGAGGACGAAGAUUUGAAUGCGGUAUCCGUGUACACUCCUAUGAAUGCAGACGCUUUGGACAUAGAUGCUGAUGGCGUAUUUACCUUUGGAGGCGGCAGUAGUCGUGGUGAUGUGAGCGCUUGCCUUACACCGGUCAGCUUUGGUAUGGACAUAAGCAUGAUUGCGAACAAAGGAUCGAUGACACUUUCCGUUGAUGGCUUCGAAGAUGAAGAUGAAACUACGCUCUCAGCCGCUACAACGCCAUCUUUACCGAUGGAUGAUCCCAAACUUGAAGCAUGCUAUUGUUGCCCUACUCAUGCCGAAAUGGCUGAACCCCCCGAUGUCGAGGAUACAGUUGGUGCACUCCCGAAAUCACUUGAAAUAUCAGUUACGAAAAUUAUAAGUUCUUCGCCAGAAUCAAAUUUAUUUGGUGAGCCCACAUCUUUGCCACCACUUCCGCUCUGUGGCGAUUUCACCCAGCGUCGUGGUGCGCGCAAAGCAACAGAUCCCAUUUCUCCAAAAAUUAAGAAACAAAUAAGUCUCUUCGAGGGCGGCGACUAUGAACGCCAAAAGGAGUACUCCAAUUUACAUGCAUCCAUUAACAUCCCCUCUGCUUCCAUCCUAAAACAGGAUGCUCGUUUGCGCAAGUUUGAAACUCUUACACAAUCCACUUCUAAUUCGAAUUUCCCAUUUGCAAGUAAUACACUUAAACGAAUGCCACACAAUGCUUCAGAAUUGGACGAUGUCAGUCACACACAGUCUUGCAUCAAUCUAAAAAGUUCGGUGUGUGAGGGCUCGCCUUCUGCGUCGGUCACAGGAUCAGCACUGCAUAAAGCAGCACCGAUUUCCAUUGUCUCGCAGCCCACUCCUGGUGUUACAACAACAGCGGCGGCGGCAGCUCGCAGUUCUACUGUUGGUUUAGAUCAUGGUGCUAGUGGUCUACCUCGCCCUGGUGCUUUGAUUGUUAAGGAACGUUUCAUAGAGCCACCGAAACGGAUUCCGCGAGACUUCCAUAACAAAACGCAAUCCAUGGAUGCUGAAUUUUUGUUCAACGAAUUUCUUUUAGUUCCAGCGCGUUCGCCAACUCAUGUACCUCUGUCUCCCGAUAGCGGCAGCCAUACAAGUAGUGCAAGUACGUCUCCGUCAUCGCGCCCAAAUUCGCGAUUUAUGACGGCCAAGAUAUUGGAUGAUGUGGCCACAUUUCAGCGUAAGUAAGUAACAUUGGCCUCAAGUAGAUAUUUAACUAUUACUUAAUGUUUUACUUGGAAUUUCGUAAAUGUGAAACCAAACAUGUAUGUAACUCAAAUCACUAAAGAAAUAUGUACCUUCCAACUUUUAUUAAAAAUAAAAUGUUUAUUUUU